UGGUAGCGCCAUCUAUAUCCUGAGACAUUACGCGCGGUUUUUAGGUUUUUGUUGUGAACUGAACUUGCGAUCAUCAAAGCGUGUUGUUGUGAUUAUUUGUUAUUUAUCGGUUUAUUGCGAGAAUUGGUUAAACUUUAUUUGAUAUUAUGCCUAUACUUAGCAGCGAGUUAUCAACUAUUACAGCUGUCAUUCCAAAUGUGGCACCUAUUGCGAAUAACAUUAAUGUAACGUGGAUACAAAAUGAGAGCAGUCAGAAAUUGCGGGGUCGACACAGUCACGCGUCCACCACUGUUUGCGAGAAAUUAUACACAUUUGGAGGGGUUGUUAAAGAAGGCGACUAUGAUGAACAAGAGUCAGCAGAACUACAUGUGUUUGAAAAAGGCUCAGGAAAGUGGGAAAUUGUUGCUGUUGAUGGUACUAGUAAGCCUCCACCAAGGACGGCAUGUGCAAUUGCUGCAGUUGGGAAGAAACUGUACGUGUUUGGGGGAAUGAACCAUUUCAAAGGCUGGCUAAAUGAUUUGCAUGUUUUCGAUAUAGAAACCAGCGAAUGGAAACAGAUAAUUGCUGGCGGAGAAAGACCAUCUGCAAGGGAUAAAGUUACAGCAGCCACUAUCGGCAACAAAAUUUACUUUUUUGGUGGCUUUGGUCCAAAAAGAUCUGUUUUACCAUCAUCAUCACUUGGAAGUGCUAACAAUGGUGAUGAUGAUGAUGGUUUCGAAGAUGUUGACAAUGAGGAGGACGAGAGCGAGGGACCGAUGGCAGAAUUUGGCUGGUUUAAUGACCUUGUAACAUUCGACACAGAAAAGAGUCAAUGGGAGGCCGUGCAUUGCAGUAAUGAUGGCAUGCCAACACCAAGAGCAGGACAUUCCAUGUGUGCAAUAGCAAACUUAUUGGUUAUAUUUGGAGGGAGAGACCCACUUGCUAGGAGGAAUGACAUUCACAUACUAGAUACAGAUACCAUGAGUUGGGUUGUGCCGGUUCAUCCUAUGGGAAGGUUGCCUGCUCCCCGGUCUUUCCACACCGGUACUGCUGUUGGUCGUCGCAUGGUUGUCUUGGGCGGACGCAGCACCGAUAACCAACACUACAAUGACCUCCACAUUUUUGACAUCGACACCCGGCAGUGGCUGCAGCCCACAGUUAGUGGCACAGUUCCAGUACCUCGUGGUAUGCACACUGCUACUGCAUGUGGAGAGUAUUUAGUUGUAUUUGGUGGGGCUUCAGACUUGGACCAUGAAUCACAGCAAUGCAUGACGUACCACAGUGAGACAUUUCUGAUAAACACUG